AGAAGAUCCAGCAGGUUCUGAGUCCAGAUUACCCAGAAUCCUCAGAGAGUCAGGAGGAGGAUGAAGAUGAAGAGCAGAUGAGCAUCAGAGAAACACUCGUGAAGAUCACAGUGAAGUUCUUGAGGAGGAGGAAGCAGGAGAAGCUGGCUGACCUCCUGCAGAGCAAUACCGUUGCUGCCGUUUGUCAAUCCAAACUCAAAGAUCAGCUGCAGAAGAAGCACCAGCAUGUGUUUGAGGGGAUCAUUAAAGCUGGAAAGAAAACCCGUCUGGAGCAGAUCUACACGGAGCUCUACAUCACAGAGGGAGGGACUGGAGAGGUCAAUGAAGAACAUGAAGUCAGACAGAUUGAAGCAGCUUCCAGGAAACCAGACAGAGCAGAAACAGCCAUCAGACAGGAAGACAUCUUUAAACCCCCACCUGGAAGAGGAGGACCAAUCAGAACGGUGUUGACGAAGGGAGUGGCCGGCAUCGGGAAAACAGUCCUAACACAGAAGUUCAGUCUGGACUGGGCUGAAGGCAGAACCAACCAGGACAUCCAGUUCCUGCUUCCAUUCACCUUCAGACAGCUGAAUGUGCUGAGAGAGAAGAAGUUCAGCUUGGUGGAACUAGUUCAUGGAUUCUUCUCUGAAACCAAAGGAAUCUGCAACUUCGAAGAGUUCCCGGUCGUGUUCAUCUUUGACGGUCUGGAUGAGUAUCGACUUCCUCUGGACUUCCACAACUCUACAAUCGUCAGUGACCCCAGAAGGUCCACCUCAGUGGAUGUGCUGCUGACAAACCUCAUCAGGGGGAACCUGCUUCCUUCUGCUCGUCUCUGGAUCACCACACGACCCGCAGCAGCCAAUCAGAUCCCUCCUUACUGUGUUGACAUGGUGACAGAAGUCAGAGGGUUCACUGACCCACAGAAGGAGAAAUACUUCAGGAAGAGGUUCAGAGAUGAGGAGCAGAGCAGCAGGAUCAUCUCCCACAUCAAGACAUCACGGAGCCUCCACAUCAUGUGCCACAUCCCAGUCUUCUGCUGGAUCACUGCUACGGUCCUGGAGAACGUCCUGGAAGCCAGAGAGGGAGGGGAGCUACCCAAGACCCUGACUGAGAUGUACAUCCACUUCCUGGUGGUCCAGGCCAAACUGAAGAAGGUCAAGUAUGAUGGAGGAACUGCGAUGGAUUCACACUGGAGUGAAGAUACCAGGAAGAUGGUGGAGUCUCUGGGAAAACUGGCUUUUGAGCAGCUGCAGAAAGGAAACCUGAUCUUCUAUGAACCAGACCUGAGAGAGUGUGGCAUCGAUGUCAGAGAGGCUUCAGUGUACUCAGGAGUGUUCACCCAGAUCUUUAGAGAGGAGAGCAAGCUGUACCAGGACCAGGUCUUUUGCUUCAUCCAUCUGAGUGUUCAGGAGUUUCUGGCUGCUCUUCAUGUCCAUCAGACCUUCAUCAGCUCUGGAGUCAACCUGCUGGAGGAACAAAGAAACACCGACCUCCAUCAAAGUGCUGUGGACAAGGCCUUACAGAGUCCAAACGGACACCUGGACUUGUUCCUGCGCUUCCUCCUGGGUCUUUCACUGGAGACCAAUCAGACUCUCCUACGAGGUCUGUUGGAACCAAAACAAAGAAGUUCACAGAACAAUCAGGAAACUAUCAAAUACAUCAAGGAGAAGAUCAGUGAGGAUCUGUCUGCAGAGAGAAGCAUCAACCUGUUCCACUGUCUGAAUGAACUGAACGAUCGGUCUCUGGUGGAGGAGGUCCAAGAGUCCCUGAGGUCUGGACGUCUCUCCACAGAUAAACUGUCUCCUGCUCAGUGGUCGGCUCUGGCCUUCAUCUUACUGUCAUCAGGAGAUCUGGAGGUGUUUGACCUGAAGAAGUUCUCAGCUUCAGAGGAGGCUCUACGGAGGCUGCUGCCGGUGGUCAAAGCCUCCAAGAAAAGCUGUCGUGGACGUGAAAUCAGCCAUGAGCUGGUUUUUGUAGCCUCUAGCGGCCAGUCGAGGAACUGCAGCGAGUCAGAGUUCCUCAUGAGGAGUGAGAUGGUCGGCGCUUGGUCUCCACCUGGACAGCCAGCGGUGAAGGACGACAUGCCGUCAAACAUGUCACCGAGUGGCUGUCACCUCUCAGAGGACAUCUGUCCACUUCUGUCCUCAGUUCUCAGCUCUCAGUCCUCCAGUCUGACAGAACUGGACCUGAGCAACAACGACCUGCAGGAUUCUGGACUGGAGCAUCUGUGUCCUGGACUGGAGAGUCCACACUGUCACCUGGAGUGUCUCAGGCUGUCAGGCUGUCUGAUCUCAGAGGAAGGAAGUUCUUCUCUGGUCUCAGCUCUGACCUCCAACCCCUCCCACCUGAGAGAGCUGGACCUGAGCUACAACCAUCCAGGGGAGUCAGCAGGGAAGCUUCUGUCUAGACUGGAGGAUCCCCGCUGGAGACUGGACACUCUCAGGGUGGAGCCUGCUGGACAACGAUGGCUGACACCAGGUCUGAGGAAGUAUUCCUGUCGACUCACCGUCGACACAAACACAGUCCACAACGACAUCAAACUGUCUGACGACAACAGGAAGAUGAUGUUGGUGGGGGAGGAUCAGUCGUAUCCUGAUCAUCCAGACAGGUUUGAUUACUAUCAUCAGCUUCUGUGUAGAGAAGUUCUGACGGGUCGCUGUUACUGGGAGGUCCAGUGGAGCGGAGAGGUUUCUGUAUCAGUGAGUUACAGAAGAAUCAGCAGGAAAGGAAACUCUGUUGACUGUGGGUUUGGAGGAAACGAUCAUUCCUGGAGGCUGGACUGUUAUCCAGGUGGUCGGUACCGUGUCUAUCACAAUAAAAGACAAACAUCCACCACCUCAUCAUCUCCAUCUUCAGACUCUGGCAGAGCAGCAGUUUACGUGGACGUUCCUGCUGGAACUCUGUCCUUCUAUGAAGUCUCUGACAGACUGAUCCACCUCCACACCUUCAUCACCAGCUUCUCUGAACCUCUCUGUGCUGGAUUUGGAUUCUACAGGUCCAGGUCUGGUUCUGGUUCCUCAGUGUCUCUGUGUCCAGUUUAGUCUCCAGAGUCUCCGGUCAGAGAAACCGUCUCUGUUGGAUCCUGGACUUGGACUCUGGUUCUGGUUCCUCAGAGUCUCCAUGAUGAAGAUGAUGAUGAUGAUGAUGAUGAUGAUGAUGAAGAUGAUGAUGAUGAUGAAGAUGA